AUGAAUUUUAUUAAACUAUCCAAUUCAGUUUUUUUACUAAUAAUAUGGAUUUAUUUAACUGGUGGAUUUACAAUAAUUGAAGCUGCUGACUCCAAAACUGGAAACAAAAGCAGCUUGAGGAAGAGAUCUGGAUUAACACCUCAAGGUACUUCAAAAGUUUCGUCUGACUCCUCAAAGAAGGACUCAAACUCUGCGGGAGAGACGGUAGUAAACUCAGUGGAGGAGUUAAAAGGAAUCAAUCCGAUGAAGGCACAUAGUAUAAGUAGAGUUGUGGAACUUUGCAAUGGCCAACAGCUUUUAAAGGGAGAAAACAGAAAGAAAACAUUCUUUUUAAAAUGUGAGAGCGACAAAAACCAUAAAAUUGUAUCGGUUCCCCAAAUUAACUAUACUACCAGAAAAGCAAUAGAAGGAACUUCAGAGAAAACUGUUCUGGUUAACUGGAAGUUAAAUUUGGAAGGAGCUAAUUCAGCUCUUGUUUAUGGAUUACUCUUUGUUACUUCAGGUUUACAGCAUUCUAUAAUGGAGAAUUGCCUAGUUCUCCCACGUAAUUUGGUUUUAAAGGGAGAUCCAAAAAAUCCUGUUCUGGCCCAAAGGCUAUAUGAUUGUUCUAUAGGUAAUCAAAUCCAACCAAUAACAUCCUUCCAUGUUUUGGCAAAAGUCGAUACUUACUUUAAUUUACGUCCUUUGAGGCUUUACAAUGAACUGGAACGAGCUAUGAGAAUUUCUCAAAUGAAUUAUAUUUAUAAAGCAAAUUCCAAAACUCCAGAGGUCAGAGUGGACCUUCAUCCAAAAUAUUAUGUUAUCCAUGAUAAAAAUGGAAAUGAGUUAUUUAAUGAUAUUCUUUUUAUUGAAAAGCUUGAAGCCAUUCCUUAUAUUAAGGUUAUAGUUGUCUUAAAAGACGAAAACCUUUUACAUGAUUUAUUAAUUGGAAAGGAAUUUCAUGAACAAAAGGCACAGUUGGGUAGAUGGUAUAGAAGGUUGCUUAGAGGAAUAUGGCUCCCUUUCUAUACAGCUGCAAUGUUUAUGUUCCAGAAUGGUAAUAAAGUUCACUGUGAUUUACAUACCAGGAACAUUAUGAUCUCAAUAGAUCCAAACUUUGGUACUGAAAAGUGGAAGACUGCGAAUACAAUGUUUGAACUGGCUGCAGUUACCCCAACUUCUAUGAGAGUUAUUGAUGUUGGAAAUGCAAUUUCAAUGAAUAGUCCAGAAAUCCAGAUGGAAAAUGACCCAUGUAAAAAAUACGAGAGAAGGCCUUAUGAAGAUAUUAGUCUAUUAGAUUUUAGAGUUCUUGACCCUCUUACUGCUCCUGCCAAAGCACCAUCAUUUUUACCAGAAGAAGAUAAGAUUUAUGGUGAUGAUGCUAAGGUUGAUGAUAUAAAUAAUGCAAGGUCGCUCAUUAAGUAUUAUAAUAUGAAACUUAAUAAACUCAAAACAAGUAUAAGAAAUAUCUACCAGUGGGAGUCCUGCAGAGUUAAGAGAGUUAACAAAAAGACAAGAAGAUUACAUCCAGAGGUCGAUAAAUAUCCUUGCAGAUUUAUUGAUCAAAAAGAAGCCUUGCUAGAAGCCUGCAAAAUACUUAAACGAUAUACUGCCGAACAAUUUAUGGGGGUCCCAUCAUGUAAUUUAACCUCAAGAAGAAAGUAA